AUGUACCCAACGGAUAAUUUGAAACAUGGACCGUUAAAACUGAACCCUUUUGUGACUCAAAAAAACCUCGAUCACAACAUAAUGCUGAAGACGCUUCAGAAUUUGUGCUACAACAAAACCAAUGCAAACCCGUUUAACAUGUCAUCUCCUUUCUUAGUUGACAACAUUUUACAUCAACAGAAGGCCGCCAAUUUUCACAAUCAGUACAUUAACCACCAGUUAGAGAACUACGUUCUGCAAAGGCAAGAAUACGAACGUUCCAGAGAGAAUACACCAGAUAUGGACGAGACAAAAAUCGCGGAAGAAGACGAGAGUACCCGUCGUGGAUCGAUCGACGGAUCAAAAAUUGAGAAUGACGAAGACUCCAAGAGCAGAGACGAAGAAGAAGGUUUUAAUCUUAAAAACGAAACCGUAUAUUACAACACUGAAUACUAUGCGAGAACUGAAGAUGUGAGGAAUACGGAAAAAGAAGUUUUAAACAUACCGACCCUUACCCGACGCUGUCAAAGUUGCGGAGCGUUUGAUUGCCCUCCGUACACCUGUAAAAAAUCGGGUAUACGACGCUUAGAAGAACUAGAAAAGCGUUUCAAUCUACACAACUACCAGGAGAACUCGGGUGAUGAAGCCGAUGGUAGUAAAGAUGGGAAAGCGUACAGCACGGAUGAUAUAGUUAGAAAUUGCGAGGAGUACAAUGAACAGAAGAAGCCGCCGCUCAAGUUCAGUGUUAGUGCCAUAUUGGGCGAUAGAGAUGACACGAUGAGAAAUAGCAGUAUUAACGAUUACCGACAACCAAUAAUGGGUAAUCCUUGGCCGAUAGCGAAACCCAUCGCCAGCAGACCGAUACCAGUGCAGCAUCAGCAUUUGCAGCAUCUCCUGGCGCAUUGUCACCAUCCAUAUUUAGCUGCGCAGGCGCACACACAAGUUUUCCCACUUCCCGGGGGCUUUCCUUGGGCGCACAGUUCGAGAGGUAAGCCUCGACGCGGUAUGAUGCGACGAGCCGUCUUCUCGGACCUGCAACGCAAGGGGCUGGAGAAGCGGUUUCAAGUACAAAAAUAUAUCUCGAAGCCCGACAGGAAGAAGCUGGCUGAGAAGCUCGGCUUGAAGGAUAGUCAGGUCAAAAUAUGGUUUCAAAACCGCCGCAUGAAAUGGCGUAACUCAAAAGAGCGGGAACUGCUCGCAUCUGGUGGCUCGAGAGAGCAGACGUUGCCCAAUAAGAACAAUCCGCAUCCCGAUUUAUCCGACGCGGAGGCGGACAAAUCAAAAAUGUCCCCGUUAUCGCCUCUAAACGACGACCAAAAUGAAGACAAAAGCAAAAUGUUCGCCGCCUCAUCCAGUCAGAGCGACAGUUACCGGUACGAUGAUAAAAUAGGCGGCAGCUCGAUGUAUUCCCGCGAAAAUUAUUCAAACAUGGAGGACGGCGAAGAAUUUGACAGCGAUGCGAGCGCUUCUGACGAAGAAAUCAACGUGACAUGA